GGCCGCCUGAGUGCUACGACCGCUCGGCGCUACGAUCGGAAACGAGAACGGUGACAGUUUUUGCAGUGCGUUUAAGUGUGUUGUGCUGUUUUGUGAACGGAGUGAUUAUUAACGACGAUAACGGCAGCCAUGCGUGUGGCGAUCAAUAAUGAACAUCGCAAUUAAAGUUCAAAUAUUGUGUCAAUGUGAUUAAAAAAUACCAGUAUGUGUAUAAAAAGUGCGAAGAGCUCACGAGAAUUUAAAUAUAAGUAAACUAAUAACAAAUGUUAAAAAUGGGUGUGUGUCAGCUGAUGCUGGUGUUACUUCUGGGCUGGAUAACUGAUACAAAAGCCCUAAAAGACGUCCAACUAAUAGCACCAUCCGCCGUCCGCCUCGGCGACGAGGUGCAGCUGGGUUGCAAGUGGACGCUGGAGGGGAACGAGACCCUUUACAGUGUGAAGUGGUACCGGGGCAGGCAGGAAUUCUUCAGCUAUCUGCCUAAAGAGUAUCCUUUUACGAGGAUAUUCCCUCAGCCGGGGAUUGAUGUUGAUGUAAGUAUUUUUUUUAUACUCCAAAAUGAGUUUAACGACCGGUCUAGCCUAGUGGGUAGUGAUCCUGCCUAUGAAGCCGAUGGUCCUGUGUUCAAAUCCUGGUAAGGGCAUUUAUUUGUGUGAUGACAACAGAUAUUUUGUUC